AUGGACGGCUGGGAUCUCCCUAUGAGCUUUGGUAAAAAGUCCAAGGCGGGUGGGCCUAAUCUCAAGGCCAAGGUCGAGACUACAAAGCGUGCAGAGCCUGUCCCUAAAGUAGAAAAGAAGCAAGAGCCAGAACCAUCUAUCCAAAAAGAAUCUGAGAAGGCAGCGGAAGAUCAAGAAAGCGACGACGAAGAAAUCGGCCCAGCGCCGCCUACGACAGGAAAGCGCAAGGCAGAAGACGACGAUUCUUCAGACGACGACUUUGGCCCCGAAGACGACGAAGACCGCACCCCAGUCACCCACGAAAUUGUGUUGAAAGACCAUACCAAGGUCGUCUCAGCAUUGGCGGUGGACCCGUCGGGCGCGAGAGUGGCAACCGGGUCGCAUGAUUAUGAUACCAAGAUUUGGGAUUUUGGAGGUAUGGAUCAUCGACUGAAGCCUUUCAAGAGCUUUGAGGCCAAUGGGAAUUAUCAUGUGCACGACCUGUCAUACUCGUCAGAUGGACAGCAGUUGCUCGUCAUUUCCGGAACUGUCGUCCCUAAAGUCUUCAACAGAAAUGGAGAAGAGGAGAAAGAAUACAACAAGGGUGAUGUAUAUCUGAGAGAUAUGAAGAAUACCAACGGUCAUGUCGCCGAGAUCAAUCGAGGAGCAUGGCAUCCGACAGAAAAGUCCAUUUUCCUUACCUGCUCCAACGACUCUACCCUGAGCAGAAUAUGGGAUACCUCAGUACUUCGUAAACAAAAACAAGUCAUCGUCGUCAAAUCCAAAGAACGAGGUGCGCGUACAAAGGUCACUGCAUGCGCUUGGAGCCCGGAUGGCAAGUGGAUUGCUGGAGUAUGUUUGGACGGCACCCUCCAUAUCUGGGAUACCAAAUCCAACUUUGCCCGACCAAAGUACUCUACGGAGCACGCGCACCCAAAGAAUACGGAAACGACCGAUGUGGCAUUUACGAGAGACGGGAUGAGGGUGAUCACCCGCGGAGGCGACGAUACUGUCAAAUUGUGGGAUAUCCGUUCGCUCAAAAAACCGCUCGCCGUCGCGGAAGGACUGACAAACCUCUAUCCCGAGACAAACCUCGCCUUCUCUCCCGAUGGACAACAGAUCCUCACCGGUGUGUCUGUACCAAAGGGUCAGAAGGGUAGUGUGGUGUUUUUGAACAGCCAGACGCUGAAGGAGGAGCGGAGAGUGGUGAUUGGAGAAGGAAGUGUGGUUCGGGUAUUGUGGCAUUCAAGAAUCAACCAAAUAUUCGCAACCACCUCUACCGGCGCAGUCUACGUCCUCUACUCCCCUCACUCCUCUAUACACGGUGCCCUCCUCCCCCUCGCCAAAAUGCCCAAAACCGCACCGCGCGACCCAUCCUACUCAUCCGCCGACCUCAAGCCCGUCAUCUUCACCCCCGAUGCUCUGCCAAUGUACCAAGACCAAGGCUACCGCGAGUCUUUGCAUCAGAAGGAGAAGAGGGCGAAGAAGAUGAAGCCAGAGGAAGGUGUGAAGGGGGUCGGGAGGGGAGGAAGGUUGGGGCAGAGUGAACAGCAGAGUUUCGUGCAUAGCAUGUACCCGGAGACUCUCAAGUUUGAGGAUCCGAGAGAAGCGCUUCUCAAGUAUGCAGACAAGAAAGACGAAGAUAAGGAAGAGUAG